UCCCCCAUCCCAUCCACUCCUCCCUGAACCACCCAACAGUCCAGCCAGAGACCGAGACGAACCUCGCACUCGACAACCCAGACAGACAGACACCCGUUCAGGAGAACAUCCGACCGACACAUUCGACUUCUACCGACCAUCGCCAGGUCUCGUCUUACAUCUACCCGAUUCGACGCCAAAUUUGCCCCUCCAUCGUCGCCGACUUCACUGCCGAGCACGAGCAAAAGUUGGAAUCGAUCCCGGUCCUCAAACCGCACGCAUUUAAUUCAACUACAUUGGGGGGUUUACAACCAACGCGGCCACAACACCAACCCACUUAACGCCAUCGCCGCCGUUCUCGACUCGACCUCUGGGACCCAGUCUUUUACAACCACAAAACAAAUCGACACCCUCGUCCUCGAGUCGAUUUGAAGGAGCCCUUUUGCUCUUCUGCCUCUCUAUUCUUUGGUUCCAACACCGCCGGCUUCGCAACCGAGAGCCUUCACCGGCCGAGCGACAUGUCGCCUUACACAAGCACUGGAGGUGGGCGCGCGCCCAAUGUGUCUCGCUACCUGCGUGACCUGAACACCGUCAAGGAGCCCGGUUCCGCCGAGGAGAACUUCACGUUUGAGGAUGAUCUCGCCAUGUUCACCAACACUCAAUUUUUCGACUUCGAGACUGGCCAGCACACCGACUACCAGGCACCGCCCAAGAAGGCCGAGACCGCUACCGCCGCUGAGCCCCAGGCUCCAUCCAGCGCCGUCACCGAAGAACUGACCUCUCCCAUUGGCGACUUUGGCAACGUCGACUUUUCUCUGCCAGGCGAAUUCAACUUUCACGAUUUCACCAACCCCUACCCUGCCUCGGGCGUCCCGCCCUUCGCCGAAGGCCUGGGUAACCUUCAACCUCUCCAGCCUAACCCGCAACCCACCUACGCGGCGCCUCCUGGAUCUCAGCAGCACAACCACCACUAUGCCGCACCCACGCCUUCAGCCGCCGAUACCAGAACUCCUGAGUCUUUGAACGGAGUCAGCAGGCCCGGCCACAACUUUGAGGAGCAGUCUCGUGUUGCCGCAGAGGAGGACAAGCGCAGGAGAAACACCGCCGCCAGCGCCAGGUUCCGCAUCAAGAAGAAGCAGCGUGAGCAGGCCCUCGAGAAGAGCGCCAAGGAGAUGUCGGACAAGGUCUCAGCUUUGGAAUCGCGCAUCAACCUUCUCGAAACCGAGAACCGCUGGCUCAAGAACCUCGUCAUGGAGAAGAACGAGGGCAGCGAGGACAUUGCUUCUAUGCUCAAGGAAUUCCAGAACAAGCAAACCAAGGCGACCGCGACAUCUUCGGACUCUCUCAAGUCUGGGGAGGCAAAGUAGAAAUGGGAAACUUGGUCAACACUCGGAGGAGGCACUAUAUUCUCUCCGACUGACGCCUGUAUGCAAUGCGUUUCAUGUUCAAGACAUUGGGUUUUAUUCUGGCACCAAAUGGAGUUUGAUACCGUGGAGGGACGAGGAGACAUGCUGUGGGAUGGGAGUCGUGAUAGGAGGCUAGAGGGGAGAUGAACGGGCGGUACUAUUGAGCGGCUUGUUUUUAACGAUUGGCAACAUGUGAUGAGAUUUUUACAUGUAUCUAUACCUGCACGAACUCAUGAUCUGGGGCGUGAUAGAGUAUAUCACAGCAAUGAAUUACACGGAUGGGUUAAUCGACCCCAAGGCUAUUGACUUAGUCAACUCUAAACUAUUCAGGUUUACCAACCCUUUCCAAGCUCUUGUUCCUCC